CUCCUGCGGGACGUUCGGGUGAUGGCUGGCCUUCGGGACGUGACGGCAGCAAGAAGAAGCGGCGAGGAGACGGCGGAGCGCCUCCCAGGAAAGGUGCCGUUUUGUCCCACCGUGACUUGGGUGACAGUGCCCAAAAUGGCUGCGCACGCGAGGCAAAGGCGUCUGUAUCGUCAGUAAGUGCUGGCUUUCCAACUUGGUGCUGGACACCAGGGCUACGCUUUCUCUCCCACCGAGGACUCUGAGCUCCAGAAGUUUCCAGAGGGUGUGGAAAAGAAAGACUCCCAUCCUCUUCUUCAUCUGGGAUGGCUAAUAAGGAAAAUAUGAGCAGCUUUUACAAAUACCGGCUCAACAGCCAGACAGGCCCUCAGCGGGUUCCCUGUAAGGACACCAGCACCCCCUCUGGAUCGCUUUUGAUGCACAGAGCUGUCACCAGCAGCGUGAAGCAGGGGCUGAAGGUCUCCUGUGCUGCCCAGAACCCGGCUAUCCCAGGCAGGGUGUCUGUGGAGUCCAGUGCCCUUGAGCCGCCCACGCAGGAAGUCCCCGUGCCAAGGCGCGCAUUCACCAUUGAGGACUUCGAGAUCGGGCGGCCCCUCGGCAAGGGGAAGUUUGGCAACGUCUACCUGGCCCGCUUGAAGGACUCCAAGUUCAUCGUGGCGCUCAAGGUGCUCUUCAAGUCCCACAUGGAGAAGGAGGGUGUGGAGCACCAGCUGCGCCGGGAGAUUGAGAUCCAGUGCCAUCUCAGUCACCCCAACAUUCUGCGCCUUUACAACUACUUCCACGACCGGAAGCGUGUGUACCUGAUCCUGGAGUAUGCCCCUCGGGGGGAGCUAUACAAGGAACUGCAGAAGUACCAGCGGUUUGAUGAACGUCGGAGUGCCACGUACAUGGAAGAGCUGGCCGACGCGCUCAUCUACUGCCACAGCAAGAAAGUGAUCCACCGGGACAUCAAGCCAGAGAAUUUGCUUAUGGGGCUCAAGGGGGAGCUGAAGAUUGCAGACUUCGGCUGGUCGGUGCAUGCGCCCUCGCUCAGGAGGAAGACGAUGUGCGGCACUCUGGACUAUUUGCCCCCCGAGAUGGUCGAAGGCAAAGCGCACAAUGAGAAGGUGGACCUCUGGUGUAUCGGGAUUCUGUGCUAUGAGUUGCUGGUGGGGCACCCCCCGUUCGAGAGCGCCUCCCACUCGGAGACGUACCGGCGCAUUGUUUCGGUGGAUCUCAAGUUCCCCCCAUUUGUGACAGAAGGUGCCCGGGACUUGAUUACGAAGCUGUUGCGCCACAACCCAUCCGACCGGCUACCGCUGCAGGCUGUGAUAGAGCACCCUUGGGUGAAGGCCAACUCCAAGCGGGUGCUGCCCCCGGUCUUUAACCCGGUUCCCAUGAACUAGGUCUUGCAAAGGGGUUUGAGGAGAAAUGCCCUCACUGGAAUUUGGGCUUGGUUCCAUGCACGUCAGAUGGGGGCAAGCAUGGCUUUCUGCAAGGCCUUAGUCGCUCCCGACGGUCUUUGCUGGAAGAGCCGAUAGUGGGCCAAGCUCAGACGGACUCACAGGCCAAGAGGCUGUUCUCUUAACCAAGCCUUCUGCUAUUCAAAGCCAGCCGCUGCUCAAACUGUCUCAAGGUUUUGGGCUUGGUGUCCUCUAUGUGUAUAUAUUUUCCUUACUUUGACUUACGUAGUUUUUAAUAAAUUUUGUCUAUGCA